GGGGGGGUUGUAGUUUAAACCAAUAGUCGUUAUCGAACAGAAAGCCGUUCGUUUUUUGUGUUGCAGUGUUAGAAGUUAUUUGAAGAUUUUAAAUAUGGCUGGUGGCAAAGCAGGUAAAGACUCCGGGAAGACUAAGACGAAGGCUAUUUCGCGCUCGCAGAGAGCUGGACUGCAGUUCCCCGUGGGUCGUAUCCACAGACACCUCAAGUCCAGGACCACCAGCCACGGCAGAGUGGGAGCCACUGCAGCGGUGUACAGCGCGGCUAUCCUCGAAUACCUCACUGCCGAGGUCCUGGAGUUGGCAGGAAAUGCUUCUAAGGAUCUUAAAGUGAAGCGUAUAACUCCACGCCACUUGCAGCUGGCCAUCAGAGGAGAUGAGGAGCUGGAUUCACUUAUCAAGGCCACUAUUGCUGGUGGAGGUGUUAUCCCUCACAUCCACAAGUCGCUGAUCGGAAAGAAGGGCCAGCAGAAGACCGUAUAACCUGAAGUGCUCUGGAAGUCGUGCCAUCUCAGGACGAAGUCUGCAUCAAGUGGUUAAAUGUCUUAGUGUAGAACACCUUUAAGAGUUAUUUGUAUGGUUGAGCUUGCAUUUACUCACCUGGGGUAUUUUUUAAAAGUGGCUUCAAAGAAGCUCAUUUUUGUGUUUUUGGCUUUUCUUUUUUUUCUGGUGCUGCAGUUUUUGUGUUGAAACUUGCUUUUGUGGCAUUCCCAUGUUAAAUUUGGUGUUUUAAUAAAGCUCUUAUUGGGCAUUUGCUGUUUGUUUCAGUUCUUGCUCAUGAUGUUUCUGUUGUAUUCAGUUAGUGACUCUGUUCAUAAGACUCCAGUGUACAUGUGUUUGGCGUUAGUGGUUUUAAUUUUAAAUCUUCCCAGUUUGAAACAAAACCCACCUUGGUUGACAGAAAGCAGAGGACAGCCACAGCUUGCAUGUGGAAUCAGUCAUUGCGUGCAAACCAUAUUCAACUUCCAGACAUUUGAUCACUUCCAACUUUGUGUAGCCUUGUUGCAUGAAUUGCAAAGCAUGUUCAACAUCAGUUUACCACUGGCCUGAAAUGAACUGGGGAACACCUGUAGUCAUUUUUGGAUUCUUCAAUAAAGAAGACUGGCAC